GGUUCAUUCAAUCUCCCGUACACACAGACCCACUGCGAGACCGACACACACACACACACACACACACACACACACACACAAACAUAACUGCACGCAGCGAGGCUCGGGAAGUCAGGUCGCCUCCUCGCCUAGACGCCUCCUCCUCUCCAGCCAGCCGGGUCUCCCCUGGGGACCGGAGCUCAGCCGCGCCGCGCAGCCCCAAAAGACGACGAGCUCAGCGGACCCCGGUCCCUCCAUGGGCAAACGCGGGCGGCCGCGCAAGGAGGCGCGCUGCGAGGGCUCGGGGCUGGCCCCUGCCGCGCCCCCGGCGCUGGCUGCGCCGCAGCCCCUGGCCCAGCCCGAGGAGCCUGCGGGGGCCAAGCUCAGGUGCCCCUUCUCGGACAUUUUCAACACCAGCGAGAACUCUAUGGAGAAGCACAUCAACACUUUUCUGCAGAACGUGCAGAUUCUGCUCGAGGCCGCCAGCUACCUGGAGCAGAUCGAGAAAGAAAACAAAAAGUGUGAACAUGUCUAUGCCUCAACAUUCCCCUCCAUACCGAGCCCCCGGCUGCAGCAUUCAAAGCCCCCACGGAGGCUGAGCCGAGCACAGAAACACAGCAGUGGGAGCAGCAACACCAGCACUGCCAACAGGUCUACGCAUAAUGAGCUGGAAAAGAAUCGACGAGCUCAUCUGCGCCUGUGUUUAGAACGCUUGAAAGUUUUGAUUCCACUAGGACCAGACUGCACCAGGCACACGACGCUUGGUUUGCUUAACAAAGCCAAAGCACACAUCAAGAAACUUGAAGAAGCUGAAAAGAAGAGCCAGCACCAGCUAGAGAACUUGGAACGAGAACAGAGAUUUUUAAAGCGGCGACUGGAACAGCUGCAGGGUCCUCAGGAGAUGGAACGAAUACGAAUGGACAGCAUUGGAUCAACAAUUUCUUCAGAUCGUUCUGAUUCAGAGCGAGAGGAGAUUGAAGUGGAUGUUGAAAGCACAGAGUUCUCCCAUGGAGAAGUGGACAAUAUCAGUACCACCAGCAUCAGUGACAUUGAUGACCACAGCAGCCUGCAGAGUAUUGGGAGUGACGAGGGUUACUCCAGUGCCAGUGUCAAACUCUCGUUCACUUCCUAGAACCCAGCAUGACGUAACAGUGCAGGGCAAAAUAUUCACCGGGCCAGUUCAGUCCAAACAGUCUCAUAAAUUGGGUUCAUGAUGCAGUCUCCUCUUUAAAACAAACAAAACUAUACUUGAACAAAAGGGUCAAAAGACCAUAGCAAAUACUUAGCAAAAAGUGGAGCAAAGCCUCCCCAGCAGAACAAAUAUUCAUUAAUACUCAUAUUUGAAAAUCACAAUUUCUAAUGGCAGCAGAAAAACUUGUAUGAAUUUUUCCUGAUUUGAAAGAGGACGUUGGAGAUUCCUCUUUUUCUUUUCUAGUUUGCUCUCCUACAUUGAGUAGACAUAUUUAAGGCUAGGAUUAUGAACUCUUCCUGAGUUUUAUGGUCCUAAAAAAAAAAACCUGUAGUAAUGACAAUAUGAGAUAAUCAGGCAUUAAUCUUGGAUAGCUAAAGAGCUAUUAAAACUCAGCCUGGGACAGCUUAUCAUGAAGCCUAUGGAUGAUCAAUUAUUUAAAAAAUAAAGCUCAUUUCACGCUUUGCAAAAGGAGAGACUCCCAUGAAGCCUUUUGAAAGGGAUCAUCGUGCAGCUCAGCUUUCUGUUGGAUUCCAUGCUAAAGGCAAACUAACCUUAUCCUGCAUUGUUAGCACUGAUAGGGCAACCCAACCGCCAGUUAGCGUCAGCCACCCUGAGGCCCUUGGGCACCGUGGGGGCAGUCCACGCAUAACAGCCUCCACCAGACAGGGCCUGAGUUUGGAUUGAGGGGCCAGAAGGAUAAAGCUCCAUGUGCCUCUGUCUGUGUGAACCAGAAGUUGUGCACGCAGAUUAGCAGGCCAGGGUCUGAGCCACGGCAGCAUUUUUAUUUCAGAUUUUGAUAACUGUUUGUAUGUGUUGAAAACCAAAAUGACAUCUUUUUAAAGCUUGUCCAUAAAAAACAUAGAUGUCUUUUAUAGUGGAAAAACACAUGAGAAAAAAAAUCAUCUAUUUUGAUGCAGCAUUUGAUAAUGAUAAAAACACCUCAUGCCUCACUCUAUAUAGUGCACAAAAUGAAUGAGGUCUGGGCUAGAUAGAAAAAAGGUCAAUGCUGUUUUUGUUUUCUUUUAAAAUCAUUACCUUUCACCAGCUUUUAACCGUCUGAUAACAUAGUUUUACCGUCAUAGUUAACAUAGUUAAGUUCGGCACUCGUCUCAUUUUAAUGUAAAGAUUUGCUUCCGUUUUCCUACAGGUGAUCUCUCUCCUUCCUCACAGUCCCACUGUGCAGGUGCUAUUGUUGCUCUUAUCAAUAUUUUCAGCAAUGUUACUUUCUUUUUAAGUGAAAUUUAUUUUCUAGCCUGCACUUUGAUGUCAUGUGUUUCUUUUGUUUUUCAAACUCCAGGGUUCCCUCCUGACCCUCUCCCCUUACCCCAGGAAGCCUUCUUGGAGACAUUACCCCUUGGCUCUUUGGACUUUAUAUACUUUAAAUAAUUUAACUACCCUUAAUUACUUAAAAAAAAAAAAGCUUUAUGAUUUUCAUAACUUAUUGCUGAUUUUAAUGGGUUGUUAAUUUCAGUCCUGUAGUUUUAUUUUGUUUAGAUAGGGCUGGGCAAGGAAAAAGAAAAUAAAGACAACCAUAUUUAGCAGUACAGUUGAGUUGUGUAUGUAAUGUCAGGCUAUCCUUUGUAAGUAGCACUUUAACAGCUUUCACUGCUUCUGUAUAUGAAGUGUACCAUCUUGGUCAUACACAAGGCCUCAGCAUAUACUUACUUGUUCUUGUGCUCUUCCUGUGCCUCCACAAAUAUUUACCCUUGAUUGUGCUGUUUGAGUGGAAGAAAUUCUUUGAAGUAGAUGUGUGAAAAACUGCAUGCCUUUAGAAGCCCAUAUUAGAACUUGCUACUUCAGGUGCUGGGGACUUAAUGAAAAACAUGACAAAACAAAUUCAUUUCUGUGGCCCAGGUCAAUUUUUGGUUUCAUUUGUGAUUACUCCUGGCCAAGUCAAAAUGUUGCUCUAUAUAUUUGCUUACUUUCGACUUUCCCAAGUGAGACAGUUUGAAGACUCCGCUAACUACCAUGUAAAGUAAAUGGAAGCUCAUGACUUAAGCUUCCACUUUGUUAUUCCUGUGGCAUUCACUGCAUCACUCGUCUAGGGCUUGAAUUUGGGAUUUCAUUCAGGUGAACUUGAGGUGCUGCCAUUUUGUUGUAUAUGUACAGGAUGGUGGGCUGGGAAACCUUUGUGACAAACCUAGAAUACCUAUUCACCUGCCCCCUAAAUUACUCCUUCCCUGGGUUUGUUUUCCUUGAGGGAGGGGGAUGGAUUGUAUGAUGAAUAUUAAUUUUUUUAAAGACAAAUUGACUUCGAUGACACAAAAGUUAAUUGCAAGAAAUAAACAUUGUGAAUGAAGAAUACCUGAGUGCUUUUUGUACCACCCUUCUCUAUGAAGGAAAAAUACGAAUUAGCACCCACACCUUGAGAGGCAACUAUCUCCUAAAUGUCUGUUAAUCCUACUUCAGUAGUCCAGAGUUAAUGGCAAUUUGAGUCACUGCCAUUUCCUGUUCUAUAAUUUAAACAGGUGCCUUCUUGACUGAUAACUCCACGCAACCUAACUGCAGAUGGUUUAAUGUACCCAAUAACCCUAACUGCGUCAGGUAGGACACAAAGCCAUUAUCAUUCUUAUUUGUUCUCCAAACUUUUUUGGGAAUCCAUUUGACUACACUAUUACUCAAAUUGAAAACAAGUCUGAAAGUCCCCAUUUAGUCUCCACUAACCUGAGUCAAGGUACCCUUAGAGUGAUAUAUUCAUGGUACAGGUAAAUCCAUAGUGCAUCAUUACCAAAGAUCCUGAAGUCAUUAUAACUCUAGUUUCUUAUUAGAGUAGAUAUGAGAAGCCCUGUAGAAAGCCUUUUCAAGUGCCCAUGACUAUGAUAGCUUUCAGCAUUAUGAACGGAUUUUUUUAAAAGGCAGUGAGGAUUACUGAGCAAAGUGCUCACUUGUCAUGAGAAAACUGUUUAGUCUUUUGGAGGUUUUUUUGAGUUUUUCUUCCACUUUUAGCAACUAACUGGCCUUUUCCUAUUACCCUUCCACCUCAAAAUGUACAUACUCACUAACAAAAACAUACUGUGGAAAGAACAAGAGUUUUGCUUACACUUAAAUCGCAGUUUUAACAUUUGUGAAGAACCCUGGGCAAAUUACUUCUGCAUGGAGCCGGUUUCCUCCUGACAAGUUUUACUACUUCUAUUUUAAAAGGCUAAAAGGAUUAAAACUGAUAGAUGAAAACUCCCCCACCCCCAUCUAGUUUAUAGCACCAAAAGAAAAUAAAGAGGUAUGUACUUCUCUUUCUCUGAUGAAUGCAACCUUAUCUUCUCAUCCUUAAUCUUGAAUUUUAGUUACUCUGACUCAGGGUCAUGCAGGAAAAAAAAACUUUAUUAAAAUUAUUCACUUUUACAAAACUCCAUGGCAGCUUAUACUUUGUAAGAAGUCAAUUUUGAUGUCCUACCUAUAGAAUUUUUUAAAUAAAGGCUUUAUAAGAUUGUUG